AAAUUUGACACUUUUCCCCUAAACUUUAGUCGAGAAAAAACUGCCCACAAAAUAACCCAAAUCUAACCAACCUAAAAAGAACCGUAGAAAUUGGGAGAAAUUCCCCUUAAACCCUAAAACUCAGUCAAGUUCGGGUCCUAAAACGGGUCUGUGUAUUCGGUCCUAUAAGUCCCUUCGAAAAUCCCGCACUCAAAUCUCUAGAAUCUAUUUUUCGAUUUGCAUUGGCUGUCAGCUCUGAUUCGGGUUUCUAUUUUGACCCGUUAGUGGAACAGUGAGUCUUGUCCACUCUAACCAAUUGAAGUAUCAGUUAGUAAAGGAGCUGAUUUAUUGAGUAUUUUGGUCACAAGCAGAUUUCGGCCAAUGAGUCCAGAUGAGGGGAUUGAUUUUUCUCGCUGCAGUCUCAAUAAUCAAAACUUUAACAUUACCUUACCACACGAAGAGCGGACCGCAGAGAAGGUAGAGAGACGCCUGCCAGAGGAACCAAAACCGGUAGAUAGCCCGGAGACACCACCUCAGUUCUUCAAAGUUAUCCUAUCUCCCCAUGCCUCUAAAUUAGUCUCGUGCAGAAACUGAUAAUAUAUGGGUGGUCUCCAUAGUUGUCGGAGGAGACCAGGGUCUGUAGUUGGAGAUGUUGCAAAAGGAAUGAUAUCAAACUUCCAGAACUCCAAACUCAUGGCUGAUGCUGCAAUAUCUUUUUUGCACAUCCCUGAUGAAUUUAUGAUGGAGUAUGGGGACAAUCUGCGAGAUGUUGUGUCGCUUGAGGUCCCAAAUGGUGCAAUAUGGAAAGUAAAAUUGCAUAACUGUAGUGGCAUGGCAUGGUUAAAGGAGGGUUGGAACAAAUUCAAGGAGUACUAUUCAAUUGGUUGUGGUUACUUUUUACUCUUCCGAUAUACUGGAAAUUCUCGUUUCUCUGUCUUUAUAUUUGAUUUAAGUGCUUCCGAGAUUGAUUAUCCUCCUGGCCCAAAUGAAGAGGAGAUUUCUCCUGGCCUAAAUGAAGAUUUGACACCAGAGAAUUUGUGUGUUGUGGCUGAGCCAGAGGAAAACCCCUUAACAUGUCAAGAAAAUAGUUGUGCGGAGACGUUACUGAUGAUAUCCCAGCCAUCAAGGCCAAAUGUAUAGAUAUCUUGAAGGCCAGUUUUCCUCUUACUUUUUUUUUUUUCAAGGAUUUAAGUUAUACGAAGGGGAGCCUUGGCGUAACCGGUAAAGUUGCUGCCAUGC